CAGCAUGGAGCUGAAGAGAGGAAAGACCUUCAUCAAAUCCAGCCUGCAGAUUUCCCAUGAGAAACCCCCAGACCCAGCAGCCACUGCUCCAGUCAGGGAGGAUGCAGGUCCCUGGUCAGUCUCACCAGGAGGGCAACAGCGGCCCUACAGUGAGAGAGCCCCACAGGUUAGUCCCAACGCCCAAGGCUAUGACAGAUGCCCCAACAAGGGAGCGAAACCAGAACCCGAGGUGGGGGCUACAGCCUUCUGUGGGACCACCUUCAAACUGGUACGAAAGAGCAAGACUCAUGACAGUGUGCCUGGGGCUGGCAGGGUGAGUGCCACCACAGGGCACCUGGUGGGCAGCGCGAGUUUCCCAGGACCCUCUAGCAGCCAGCGCAUGAUUGACUACCGCCACUUUGUACCCCAGAUGCCCUUCGUGCCAGCUGUGGCCAAGAGCAUACCAAGGAAGAGGAUCUCCCUGAAACGACCUAAGAAGUGCUUUCGGAACCUAUUCCACAUUCGCAGAAACAAGACUGAGAACUUGGCCUCACUCGUAACCAAGAGGGAGAGCCUGUCCUCGCCUGGAGGCCCAUCAGAGUCUGGAGGGCAGACAGACACAGGCUUCUUUCCCUUUGGUGAAGGACUGGGGCCAGAUGGCCUAUGUCAAGACCUAUCUGACAGCGAGCUCCUGCCCGACUCUUCCUUUGACCUCUGUAGGGCCCUGUGUGAGGAUGUGGCCUCACUCAAGAGCUUUGACUCUCUCACAGGCUGUGGGGAGAUCUUUGCAGAUGAAAGUUCCGUGCCAUCCCUGGAACUGAACGAGAGCCUGGAGAGCCCAACUCAGGUAUCACAGGCCCUUGAAAACAAAGUUCUUAGGGGCCCCUUCCAGGGCAGCAUGGAACAGCUGGCAUCACCUGCCCAAAAUGAGAUGUCUGACUUUGCCAAGUUCUGGGACAGUGUGAAUCGCUCUGUGAGACAGCAGCAUAGCACCCUACUGGGCCCAUGGCUGGGGAGUCCCCAGGGGACAGAUACAGACCGACCCAGGCUGGAUACAGCUGGGCUUGCUGAGCUCCCCCUGUGUCCUUGCAGGGACCCCCACAGUGGCUCCAAAGCCAGCUCCAUAGACACAGGUACCCCCAAGAGUGAACAGCCAGAAUCUGUGUCCACAAGUGAUGAAGGCUACUAUGACUCCUUCUCACCUGGCCUCGAGGAGGAUAAGAAGGAGGCUUCGAGCCCAGGCACACCUGCAGCUGCCUUCCCCCGGGAUAGCUACAGUGGAGAUGCCCUCUAUGAGCUCUUCUAUGACCCCAGCGAGGGCCCUGUUGGCCCAAGCCUGGAUGAUGACCUGUGUGUGUCUGAGAGUCUGUCAGGGCCAGCACUAGGAGCACCACUGUCCAUGUGCAGCUUCCAUGUGGGGGCAGAGGAGAACUUGGCCCCAACACCAGGUCCAGACCUGCUCAGCCAGAGCUUUUUGCAAAGCUCCUGGAAGGGCAAAGAGUGUCUGCUAAAGCUCUGUGACACUGAGCUUGCCAUCACCAUGGGCAUUAUCAAUUGGCUUCGCCGUAGCCCUGAGCUCCGCACCCCACCUGCCUCAGCCCCUGGGGAUACUGCAACCUCACCCAGGGGACAGACAGAGAAACUGGAAGCUGGCUCUGAGCAAAAGAGCCCAGGUCCAGUGAAGCUGGAGGUCAGGGGGCCUGGGGCUUCAGAUGCAGGUAGGACCAUUGUGGGCUCAGUACCCAGCAGGCGGGAGCUGUGGGCACAUUCGCUUACCAAGGGCCUACUUGCUGGAGACAGCAAGGUCCUAGCAGGGCCUGAGCAGGUAACUAGCUCUCUGUCCAGGGACCCAUCUCUGGAGUGUGUGCAGGUCUCUGGGGAAGGAGGGACACAAGGCUGCUAUGAAGGCUUGUUCUCCCCUGUGGGGUCUGCAACCUCUGCAACAACAGACACUUGCAGCAAAAACAAAGUCUCAAACCUUUGGCCUAGCUCCCAGGAGCCCAGACCACCUGGGAAUCUGGAGUAUUUCCGAGGUUCUUGGAGGCCUGGUCCUGGGGAAAGCACCCUCGAUGUAGAGCCCACCCUGACAGGCUGUGCGGCCCAGGUUGCAGCCCUGCAGAUCCAACCAGACUGCCAACCCCCUACUAAACAGCCCCCAAGGCAGGACGUGAGCAGUGGGCUCUGCAGGAAACCUCAAACCAGGGGCCCUGAAAUUCUGCAGCAGAAACAGCCUAACAGCUUCCCUAGCGUGGCAGUUUCAUGUGGCCUGCCCUCCCUGGGUAGUCCACUACACAGCUCACAGGACCAGAGGUGCCCAGGCCAUGUUCUUGACCUCAGCCAGCUCAGGGUGGAGCACACCAGGAUGGAUGCCCAGUCUCGUGCCUCUGUGGAGAACCAGCCCCUGUAGCUCAACUCAAGGGCUGUGGAGCAGGGGCACACAGGGGCCAGCUGGGCUUAUAACCCCUCUUGGCCCUGCUACCCAGCUGAGACCCUGGGGCAAAUUGCCAGGAAUCCUGGACUUCACUUCCAAAAACCAGCACGAGUGAACCCCUUCUGCAAGUGUCCCAGAAAACUUCCUGGACCAUAAGGGCCUCCCCUGAAACCAGCUGGAAGUAGGGGCCCUAAGCCAUCCAUGUUUGAGCCUCACGUGUAGCAUGGACCCCCAGUCACCAGGAACUGCAUCUUUGUGGCCACAUUCAAGAGAACUUAAGACCCAACUUUCCAUCUUUGUCCCUGAUGUAAGGACUAUUGGGGGGUAGGAGGUGGCAGGACACAAGCAAGUGGAGCAGAGCAUUUUAAUAUGGAGGCAUCUAUGCCUGAACCCACCAGUUCAGCCAGGCCAGAUACUGGGUAACCUAAGGCCAAGGACAGCUGAAAAGCUGCCAUUGCUCUCAAAGUGUGCCUCACUGAUUUCCCUACAGAGAAAUGAAGACUCAAAACCCAGUUGGCUGUGAAGUGGCCACACCUGGCUUCUCCUUAUACAGCAUGUCAUAGAGAGGAACUCAGGCUUGAAACUGAUGGGGAGAUAACAGAACAUCCUAUAAAUCGGAGGUAGAGGGAGCCAUGAAGUCUGCAUAGGUGGUUGAGAAUAAUAAUGUGUGAUCCAAGGCUUACGGGUGGGAUGCAGAGAAUGGGAUACAGGCAGGAUAGGGGGCCACGGAUGAGCUCAGGAAUGCCCACUGGCCCCACACAAGCCUGAUCUCUACCUCCAGGACAAGCAGCCACAAUGUGCUGGGGCCCUGAAGGACUUCUCAUGGGAGUAAGAAGCAGGACAGGUCUCAUCUCAGUAAGAGCCUUGAAUCAGCAGACACCAUGUGUUACUGUGCAACCUUGCCAGGGCUAGCCAAGCCCUGAAGAUCCUGUGGGUGUUGGUGAGUUCUCAAUUACAAAUCAGCCCGAUAAUUUCCCCAAACUUUCACUCUCUAAAUGAAGCCAAGGAUGGCAAAAUAUUCUUAGGGAAGAAGUUGAUUGAUUCUUCGCAACUCUGCCAUUGUCAUCCCUCCACACUGUCAGCAUCCUUGCCUCCCCCUUCAGGAAAACUUACCUUGGAAUGAAGCUGCAACUCUCUCAUCUUCCCAAAACCCACAACAACAUGCACAAUACCAACUGUCCAGAAUCUUGGAGUGAAAGGUGGCCCACAUCUUCAGGAAGGGCAGGUGUCAGGAUAUUGGGUACAGCAACAGACCACACAUCAAGGUUCUCUGUGAUAAGAUCCUACCUCACCUGACAUGCUGCAGUGAGAUGUAAAGGAUGGCCACCACAGAUACGAACCUGUUUCUAGAGGAAAGGUCAUCAGAAAGGGAUAGGUUAAGUGGGGAUAGGGGAGAAAUGCCAACCAUAGGGAUGCAGUCUGAUAGCUGAUCACCGGCUGGGGCCUCUCCUGAUUGUCUGAGGCUUCAUUUCAGGAUAGAAAAUGCUCUGCCCUCAUUAACAACUGCUUACUGGAGCCUACUGUGUGCUCCUAUAGGCUGCUGACCAGGCCUAUCCAGACCUUGGACACUGAGGAAAGACAGGGCCAGUCUUCCUGGGAAAUCACACAUGAUGCUUCCUCUCAGGACCUCCACAAAUGAUUAGUGUUAUUGAACUGUGCUGGGAACAGGUUACAUGUGGAAUAGUUUAUCUCAUCCCUGCAUCAACCUGGAUAUAAUUGUUGUCAUCAUUUUUCAGAUAUGGAGACCAAGGCACAGAGUGCUGAUGUGACUUGCCCAUGGAUGCACACAGCUAGUGUGUGGGGUUGAUGGGGUUUGAAUCCCACACUUUGACUCCUAAGGCCCAGCUCUUCACGAGGUUCUAGAACUUCUCUUGCUGAGCUCCUGCAGCAAACACCUCUUUCAAAGCCUCCACUCCUCCCUUCUUUCAGGGCACAGAUGUCUGAGCACCGUCUGGGUGCCAGCCACAUGUCCCCCUGUAAGCAGGCUGAGUAUCUCAUUCAGUCAUGGCCCUUAUCACUUUGUACUGCACCUGAGCAGAGCAAGUGCUCAGUGCAUAUUUACUUGUUCAAAUAAUGAAAUAUCAAAAGGUUGCUUGUGGCUUUCUGAUUUUUUAAUUAAAUGUGAGUCUUGUGUCUGGAGAGUAGCAGAGUUAAGGUUUUACCUUGGCAGAAGCUCUGAUGGAACAUUUCCUUGAUGUGAUGUGGUGACUGGUGGUGAUGGAGGCAAAUCCAGCCAGCUCCAAGAGCGCUGGGAGAGGCAGGAACUGAGGAGGUUCAGGCACAGUCAGGAGGGGCCUAGGGUCAGGAUGACAGGACAAAAGUAGACCCAGGACCCAGAGGUUAUGGUGAGGGUAGUCUACAGUGACACACAGCAGGGCAGGACAGACAAGGAACAGGUCCUGCCUCCUGAGAGAAACCCCCAACCCAGUGGCUCUCACUCUGGGAAGCAUCUUAAGCAAUCCUGACACCCUAGAAAUUCUCAUUCUCAGCAAUGUUGGGGAAAGUCCCAGCAGUGGCCUGUUAGGCACCUUGCUGGGAGAAUGGAUGAGGCACUUCCCUUUCUCUUGUGUCCAGAGGGUCUGAGGAAGCCAAAGACCAUCUCUCUCCACAUCCCACCCCUUAGGCUGCCCUCCCUUGCAAGAGGGGUCCAGGCAGUGCCCGUCUGUCAGGGUUCUGCAGGCCUCAAGGAUGUUCUCCAGGUGAUCCAUGGAGAGCAUAGGAUCGAACUGCAGGGCCAGCUCCUGGGUUGAGUGCCUAGCCCAGUGUUGGGAGUAGCAGAGGCCUAUGAGGCAUUUUCAGAAUUCCGGUCAUUUUUUACUCUCUCAUUCACAUGGCUAUAGAGGUUAUAGGAGCUUGUUUCUCCCAUAUAAAGUAAAAUCCUGAGAAGUACAUCUAGUUGUUGCAGCCCAUAAAUAUUCCACAGAGUCUGACUCACCUAGGGUCAUACAGUGGCAAGUAGAGAGCUGGGGUUCACCCUGGGGCCUGUGAACUAUGCCUUUCAAACAUCCAGUCUUCCAGGGUUGCAUGGGGAAAUGGGAGGUGCUGGGAGGAGGCCAGGCAGCCUCCAAGCCUGCCCUAAAUGUGGUGGUGGCCUGGACCUACAGCAGAGUAACCUGGAGUACACCAGGGGGCAAGAAAGAGAACAGGGGGGAGGUGAUGAAAACAGGUAAAGACCAGCACAUGCUAAGGAAGAGCCUGUGAACUACAUCAGGGGAUACUUCUUACCUUUCCUGGUUUCUUAUUUUAUUUUACUUUUUAUGGAAUGGGGAUAAAUAAGCAGGAUACAGAACUCAAAAGACACAGAAGAGAAGACAAUAAAAAGUAAGUCUCUUUCCUUCUUUUAUCCUUCUGUUGUUUUGAUUACAAAAUUUAUUCCCAUUUACUACAAACAAUCCAAACAAAGCAAAGUGCUGAGCCUCCACUUCCUGGAGCUUCUUGAACACUGGGUAUGUCCUCAGACCCUUUUUAUGCCCAUGAAAUAAACACACAUGAAUGUUAAUCUUUUUUACUGCACAGUGCAUCACAGACAUCUUCUUAGCAGGUGCCAGCAGCAGGCAGUUUCUCCAUUCUCUUGAACAAUUCCACAGCAAUCUCCUAUAGGUAACAAUUAAUUUAGAUAUUCUCCUGUUGAUGGCUAUUAAAGUUAU